AUGCGCAGUCAUUGAGAGUAAGGUUAAGCGGGGCAGAAGUGCUGCGGCUUCUGGGUGGCCAGCUGUCUGCCAGCUGUGUGCUGUCAAUACUGACCUGCUUCUAGUCACUUCAUGGACUGCAGCCCCUGACUGAGGGGGAGAGAAGUCUUACAGACUGGGGUGUUCUGCUGAUGAGUGGUAGAGGUCAUGAGAACGACUGCAGAAUAAAACGUUGCUGUUAACCAGGAAGCCAUCAUUUUGUUCUACAGCAGACAAUGUCGGGGGCCACCUCCAUGCAGACAUUGGUAACAUUUAAUGACGUAGCUAUUUAUUUUUCUGCAGAAGAUUGGAUGUGCUUAGAAGAAUGGCAGAAGGAGCUGUAUAGAAAUGUCAUGCAAGAAAUUCAUGGUGUAUUGGCUGCCAUGGGGUACACUAUUAGCAACCCUGAUGUGUUGGUAAGAAUUCAGAAUCUAGAACCAAGCAGGCCUGGGAGCAGCCAUGAGUCAGUCAAUGAGAAGACUAGCUGUAAUCUCCAAAGUGGUUUUCCUUCAAGUAACCCGGAUAUUCUUCUACGAGUGAAACAACAUGGCAGCACCUUGCUAGAUGAUCCUGUGCAGCUUAACAAAGAAACACAAUUAGAUCUAGCUGAUGGGGGAAAUUUACAACCUGACAGUGGGUCAACGACAAGUAAAGAUGAUAAUCACCUUAAUGAUCUGAACACAUUUGAGGACAGUGUCAGCAUUUCCAGAGCAGCUGAAGAAGACCCUUCCGAAAAACAGAUUAUGAAUGGCAUACAGAACUCUAAAGCCAAGAAUAAUGUCCAAUGGAAAAGCUUGUUUGACAAAAUGGAACCCAGAGUGCCUCCGAUGGAACAAGCCAAUGAAAACAUAAGAGGUGUAGAGCUGAGUCAUAAACUCCUCAGUGCUGAGAAAAAGUCCAACCCAAAAGAGCGCCUGUACAUAUGCUCUGUCUGUGGGAAAAGUUUUGGUGGCAGUUCUUUACUGGUGAGACAUAUGAGAAUUCACACUGGUGAGAAACCCUACGCCUGUAACCACUGUGAUAAAUGCUUUAACGACAAGUCCUAUCUCCUGCGGCACUUGAGGACUCAUACCGGGGAGAAACCAUACUCUUGUUCUGUAUGUUUUAAAAGUUUUAGUCAGAAUUCCAGUGUCAUCGCCCACAUGAGGAUUCAUACCGGAGAAAGACCGUUUCAGUGUACAGAAUGUGAUAAGCGGUUCAGUGAUAAAUCAUACUAUUUGCGGCACCUACGCUCUCACACAGGAGAGAGGCCGUACAAAUGUACCAAGUGUGAGAAGUGCUUCACUCAGACUUCUACUCUGGCUUCCCAUAUGAGGAUCCACACUGGAGAAAAGCCAUUCAGAUGUUGCUAUUGUGAUAAAUGCUUUAGUCAGAGCUCGAGCCUCGUCAUACAUAAGAGACUACACCAGCAGAAGAAAGCCCGGUGAAGGGUGUUACCAAGACACAUCAUUUUGAAGAACCUUGAUUGAAAUUGUAACCUCUGCUGCUUCCAGUACUUUUAAAUAUGGGGUUUUCUCGCCCAUAUUCAUUGAGGGACACAGGAAACGUGGGUAAAGCUAUGUCCUCUAGGAGGCGUUGACACUAGCAAAAGCUGUAAGCUCCUCCCCUGGCAGCU